CAUGUCAUCUGUACCUUCUAUGAAUUUGUUCAGUGGACCAGAAAUCUAAAAGACUAGAUCAAUAUAUCGUCCUUUUGGAACCUAUGAAUCUAAUUACUAUUCAUUACCUCCAAAAUCAAUAUAUCCAGAAAACUAUUAUUCUAUUCCAUCUUAUCAUUAAUAUUUAGCACAUCAAGAAAGACCAGAUUAUAAUUAAUCCUAUCCAGAAUACAUUGACAAAGAGCACUACGUUCCUAUUAAAAAUGAAAGUCCUUUUUAAACACUCUAAAAAUAUGAAAAAACAAAUCCAACUCCUAAAGAUGCUUUUAUAACUCCCUAUCGACCAAAAGUAUUAACAGAUGAAGAAAUACAAGAGCAUGUUCCUAUAAUUGAUUUAAUGAUUGAAUAACAAAGAUUCUACACUCAUUUUUCAGAUCAUGGUCUACCUAAAGGGUAUGUUGAAAAAGAUUAUCAAAGAGAAUUAGAAGACAGAUAUAACAGAGAUUUAAAUUAACAAAUUAAUAACGGUUUUAAACUAUAAGAAACUAGAACUAAAAAAGAAAUAGAUGAAUUUUAUAGAAAUAUCAAAGUUGCAGUUGAUGAAAGAGGAAGAAUUUAAAUUAAUAAUAUUAAAUAGCCAUAAUAAAGUUAAAAGCUAAAUUCCACAAUUUAUAAAACAACUGAAGACACUGUUAAAGUAGGUAGCAAUUUGUAAACAUUUGAUAAUAAUGCUUAUCAAUAAUCUAAUAAAUAAUAAGGAUAACAUAUUAACCCAUUUGAAGGAUCUUUUAAUCCAUAUUCGUAAAAUCCUUAAUAAUAAUAAUAAUAAUAAUAAUAAUAACAAUAAUAAUAAUAAUAACUACUUCAAACAGAGGAUAAAGCUCCAUCUGAAAAGAAUUCUGUUGUAAUACCUGGUGAUUCAAAUUUAUAAUAAUCGCAACUUGAAUAAUCAAAAGUAAUUACUAGUAAUGAUUGA